UCUGUUUCAGAACAAGAGCUUGAAAAACAAACUCCUUUCCGGAAACAAACUUUGUGACGCCUAUGCUGAAGAGUCCAAAAAAAUCCAGGCUCAACUGAAAGAACUGCGGUACGGGAAAAAGGAUUUAAUUUUUAAGGGACAGCAGCUAAUGGACCUGGAGCACAAGUUAACUAUAGCCAAGGAGGAGCUGGAGAAGACGGCACUGGAUAAGGAGUCUCAGCUGAAGGCGCUGAAGGACACCGUUCACAUCUGCUUCUCCGCCGUCCUGCACAACCAGCCCGGCAGCGCCCACAGGUUCCCCACGUCCCCCUCCCACCUGUUCAGAUACUCAUCACUCAUCAACAGCUCCAGAGUCACCUUUCAGCAGCCACAUGCCAAGGAUAUUUCCAAAGUUCAAAGAGUCGUCUCCGCCACUAAAUCACCCAUGAACAGUGGAGUAAUGAGGAGAGAGAGCGGCAGCGUUAAAGAGUGCCAGAUGGAAAAGACCGGCGGCGACUGUUUCCAGAAUCAGACGGAGAAUUCAGCCCCAGAAAGUAAAAAGCUCCCAGAGCCACAGCAGCCGAGGAGCCCGGCGCAGAGCGGAAAAUUCACCACAAAGCCGUCAGACGACAGCGAGGAGGAGGCGGGAGGACGGGAGGGAGGCGACAGCAAAAACACAAAACCACACAAAUACGACUGAACGGACGGCGGAUCAUCCACACAACGCAGAACUCCUGCGUCGCCUGAAGGAUGUUUCUAAGAGCACACACUGGCGCACUCUCACAACAAACACAUGUGCGCUCGCAGACACACACACACACACACACACACACAGCUACACACUACACAUAUCAGCAUUGUUUGCAGACGCUGAGACACUGGAAAUGUCAACAGAUUUCAAACUGUCAUCGGAAAAACCUCCAUAGUAAAAUGGCAUGCGUUCUAGAACUUCUUUUCAAGGUAGCAAUGGCACUGGUAACUCGUUUCAUGAUUGUUCAUUUGUUGUUUACUUAUUAUCUGAGUUUUAUUCUAAGUGAGGACACUGCUUUCUAAAUGUGUGAUCUUUCUAGAAAACUCCCUUUGCACUGGUGAGGUCUGACACUGUUUCCUGUGAUUAAGUAUAUCAAUUGACAAAGAAAAAGAUACUUCUACUACUACUACUUCUACUACUACUACUACUACUACUACUACUACCCAACUUAGAAUAUUGUUUAUCACUCAUUGUAGCCAGGUUAAUUUACUCCUCCUCCACAUUUUGAAAUAUAGAGGCUCAAGUUGGCUGGCCAACUGUUCAACGUUUAAUAUUUCAGCACUCUUUCUGCCUUUAACACUCCAGAGGCAAAGAGCCAAAGACUCACAAUGGGUCGUCUCCCUGAGAAUGUGCCAUGCACUGAGUAGUAACUCCUAGCUACAUGUAUCUGUGUUAUCUGACCUUUCUGUGUCCUUUCAAUAAACUGUAAUUUUCAGUAAAUGUGUGAAGAAUAAAUGGUUAUUUGUGGGAAA